AUGGCUCUUCAGAGACUCAGAGAAGCGGCAGAGAAAGCAAAGAUUGAAUUAUCAGCAUCUGUGCAGGUAACUUUAUCUACAUUUUGAUUCCAUUUCACUCUCAACUGAUAAUAAAAAGGCCAAUGUCAUACAAAUAAAUUGCACAUAGUCUCAACAGCACCAUGAUCUAGAAGAAAUCAGUCUGAGUUCAGUUAUUUCUUGCAGAGAAUGAGAGGUUACAAUAAAAUCAAUUAUUGUAUCAUAUAAUUAACAUAAACACAAGUACCAGUAGUCAUUUCCAAGAAGUGCUCUGUCAAUUUACUUUGAUUUUUCAUCCCUUAUGAUUUCAUGGAGACUUAAAUUAAUGGUAGUACAUGUAGUAAGUACAAUAUUUAUUGUAAUCAUCAGCAGUGUAGGGAAGUGCAGUGCUGGAAUGCCCGUGGCCUGUACUGUAAUGGUUGGAGUUGAGGAAGCUAACAGUAUCAAAAGGGAUAGUGGAAUUGAAAUUCUUGUGUGUAGAUGCUCAGCGUCAAGAUACUUGUAUAUAACAUGAGACUGGUUUAUCAGUGGACCACUGAGAUACAAUAAUAAAUUUUCAGUAACUUGUGGUCACUAGACUUCUUUGAAAGUUGCAGGGAAAAGUACAAAAGUAUUACAAAAGAAUAGUGAACUAAAUGCACCUCUGUUUUGCUUCUGUAGACAGACAUUAAUUUGCCGUAUAUCACAGUGGAUGCCAGUGGUCCAAAGCACUUGGCCAUGAAACUCACUCGAGCCAAGUUUGAAUCCCUGGUUGCAGACCUCGUACAGCGGACUAUAGAGCCAUGCAAGAAAUGUCUGCGAGAUGCUGAUAUCAAUAAAAGUGACAUAGGUGAUGUUUUGCUGGUUGGUGGAAUGACACGGAUGCCCAAGGUACUUUUGGUUUUGUUGCCUUUCACUGGACGAAAAAAUAGAUUUGCACAAAUUUGCUCCCUGCAAAAUAUGUCGCAAAUCUGUAAAAACGGUUAAUAUGGGGCAAAGAUGGCAAAUGCCUUGAUAUUUACACCACCCUGUUUUUUGGUAUCCAUAUUAAUUUUUUACUCCUCUGUUUUUACAAAUAUGCGACGUACUUGCAAGGAGCAAUUAAUUUGUGCAAAUCCGAUUUCCAGUCCAGUGUUUUGAAAACAGCUGGCAGACAUUUUGCUACACCACCACUGGUGAGUUAACUGCAUUUGUAUUUGUGAAGUACAUGUACUGUACACCUGAACUGCUGAGGUCUUUGGGUCAUCAGUGUGGAAUUUCUGCACUUCUUCCUCAGCUGUUAUUUCGCAAGGAAACCAAUGCGGGGUGUUUUCUCAGGCUGUUAGUUUAGUUGUGGUUAGAAUUAAAUUUCAUUGACUUGAUCAUGAGUCCUGCAAUUUUAUUAUUUUGUAUACACCAGUAAUAAUAUCAAAAAUAUAAAUGUAGGAUUAUUGUUCAGAAUAAUAUUUUCUUUAGUCAGGGCCUAUGUAACUUAUGGUAUUAGGCUAACACUAGCUACCAAUGGCAACAUACUUGUAACCAAAUGAUAUUAAUUUUUUAUUGACAUUUUGAAGUUGUUUUACACUUGUUUUCCUUUUGUUCUAAACAGGUGCAGUCUGUGGUGCAGGAAAUCUUUGGUCGAUCACCAAGCAAGGCUGUCAACCCUGAUGAAGCUGUUGCUGUNAAGGCUGUCAACCCUGAUGAAGCUGUUGCUGUCGGCGCUGCCAUUCAGGGAGGUGUCCUGUCUGGUGAUGUCAAGGAUGUGUUGCUGUUGGAUGUGACACCACUAUCACUUGGUAUUGAGACACUUGGUGGAGUGUUCACAAAACUGAUUACACGCAAUACAACCAUUCCCACCAAGAAAAGUCAGGUACUCAAAUGAAAUAUGAAUUCCACCUUCUUAAAACGUAUUCCUAGUAUACUGUAGGUUCUUUCUACUCUUAAUGCAUUGUAGUUUUCUUUGGCUUUCCCUAAGACAGACAGCUUCCUAAGACAGCCAUAUAGUGUCAAUCACAAUGGUGGUUAUCUUAAUGUAAAAAGAGUUAACUGCUUUUGUAUUUGUGAAGUACAUGUACUGUACACCUGAACUGCUGAGGUCUUUGGGUGGUUUAACUUUGAAGGGAAUUUAGUGUCCUAUUCUUUUUUUCACCUUAUAUGUUAUGCAUACUUCAAUUAAUAACAAUUUUGAUGCACAACUUGUGCAGCACCAGAGAAAUCUUUCACAGAACAAGGACACUAGGAAGACAAAGAUACAUUGAAAAAGUCAAGCUUGCUUCUUCUUUUCUCACAAUUUUUUUUGUGUCUGUGCAUGCCUGAAAAAAAAGCUGUACUCUUUCACCAAGGAAGAAAGAGAGUGGACAACAAUGCUUACAGCCUGUACAUAGUUUUGAGUCUAAUAAUAAAGUCAGUGCAGAAUGAUGGACAGAAAGUGUAAUGACUUGAGUUACUCCAAAAGGCAUUAAUUUUUGCAGUGAUAAUUCUAGGGAAAAAUAGGUGAACCUAAAGCUGAUUUAUCAUUAAAGUUUCUAGUGCUGAGAAAAUAAUUGAAGUUUAUACAUUUUCACUUUGUUUCAUUCCAGGUGUUUUCUACAGCAGCUGAUGGCCAGACUCAGGUGGAAAUUAAAGUCCAUCAGGGAGAGCGUGAAAUGGCUGCUGACAAUAAACUUUUAGGACAAUUUCAACUGGUGAGAAAGCUGGUUUACUCACUAAAAACAACCCUGCUGAUUUUAACCCAAUAAUGAGAGUUGAAUACUAUAAAGGGAAGAUAAGCAACCCCUCUAUGACUUGGGUGUCAACCUCCAUGCAGUAGCCAUCCUAUCCAGUACCACACUCUCCAAUUUGACCAAAUUAAACCUUCAUGUACUUAAAACAAUCUUAGUUGUCAUUUAGAGAUUGUGUAAAAUUCACUAUAAAUAUGCAGUAGUACAAAAUGACUUUGCCUUUCCUAUGUUUUUGACACGGCUCAUUACAGGUUGGAAUUCCUCCUGCUCCACGUGGUGUACCACAAGUAGAAGUGACGUUUGAUAUUGAUGCUAAUGGAAUUGUCAAUGUGUCUGCAAGAGACAAAGGAACUGGCAGAGAACAACAAAGUAAGAUGGUUAUCAUUAUUAUUCAUUGCAAGUUUUUCUUCCUUUUCAUUGGCCGUGAGCCUACCACAUGACCUGCAAAUAACUGCCUACAAAUAAUGGUCUGGUCAUGCAUAAAUGGAACCAUGCUUUUCUCCUUCUUGCGAUCGCUCUUGCAUGAAAAUGGCAGAUUGCUUCGCUUCCUGAAAUUAAAAAAAACAAACUCGGCGAUCGAAUGAUAAAACACUUAAUGAACUCGGUUAUCGCAAAAUAUCGUGAGUUGUCAGUGGCGAGCAGAUCCGACAAUUAUUUGCCAAAGCCGAAACCUCGUCCAAUAAUAAUUAUUAUUAAUUAUUGACACUCUUGGUGUAUGAUUUGCUAUUUCAAAAAUAAAUAACGGUGGUGUUUUGGGCGUAAUGAAGCCUGCUUUCCAUUUGCUUCCAGUUGAAAUUAAGCUUUUGGGUUUCCUCUAGGAAAGUACAAGUUUCAGGUAACAGAAGAAAAGCAUAAUGGUUUUGAGGUCUUGAAAUAGACAAUGACUAAACAUACUUCACGAAAUCAUUGCAGUAGUGCAUUGGUUUAUGAAUGGGCUGAUAAUGUCGAACAGUUGCUAAAUGGCACGUGCAAUGCCAGGACAUCGGAGCUUGUUUCCCUCCUGAAUACAAGGCUUAACUUCCACUUUAAUAGGGAAUAAAAGUACAUGUAGCAUAUUUUCAGUGUGGAUAUUUUCCCGGCUUUGUUUCAGUUGUUAUCCAGUCUUCUGGAGGACUAAGUAAAGACGAAAUUGAAAACAUGGUUCGAGAAGCUGAGAAGUAUGCUGACAGCGACAGACAAAAGAAAGUAAGUGUGAAGUGGGUAUAG